CGCCCGCUCCCGCUCUCACUAGUCGAACGGUGCCCGACCGGUAACGUAGCGCCGACUGCCGACCGAAGACGAACCAGCGACAAUGUCCGCCAUGGCGAAGACUUCCAAGUACACCUACCGCAGCAGCGGCGGCGGCACCACCGACGUCAACAUCGAGUACAGCGCCGACCUGAGUGCUCUCUCCAGGCUGGAGGACAAGAUCCGUCUCCUCCACGAUGAUCUGGAAUCCGAAAGGGAGCUACGUCAGAGGAUCGAAAGGGAGAAGGCAGAUCUGAGCGUGCAAGUUAUCCAGCUCUCUGAGAGGCUUGAGGAAGCUGAGGGCGGAGCAGAAAGUCAGUUCGAGAUCAACAGAAAACGCGACACAGAACUAACCAAGCUCCGGAAGCUUCUAGAAGAUGUACACCUGGAGUCAGAGGAGACCGCGCAUCUUCUUAAGAAGAAACACCAGGAGAUCGUGGUCGAUUACCAGGACCAGAUCGACAAGCUUACCCACAGCAAAGUCAGAGUUGAGAAGGAAAAGUCCAAAUUCCAAGCCGAAGUUUACGAGCUGUUGGCCCAAGUGGAGAAUGUGACAAAGGAGAAGAUCACAAUCUCAAAGACUUGCGAGAGACUCGAGAUCACAAUCAGCGAGUUGCAUAUUAAGAUUGAGGAGCUUAACCGCACUAUUGUUGACAUCACAUCGCACAAGCAGCGCCUAUCUCAGGAGAAUGUUGAGCUCGUUAAGGAAGUUCAGGACCUUAAGGUGAACAUUGAAAACGUUGUGUACCUUAAGAGCCAGUUGGCUGGGCAGCUCGAGGACGCGCGUCGCAGGCUUGAAGAUGAGGAAAGGAGGCGCUCCAUCCUUGAGGCCAACCUUCACCAGGUUGAAAUCGACCUGGAAUCUGUCCGCGUGCAACUGGAAGAAGAAUCCGAGGCCCGCUUGGACCUUGAACGUCAACUCGUCAAGGCCAACGGUGAAAUCGGCCACUGGCGCUCGAAGUUCGAGGCCGAAGCCGCCGCGAGGGCUGAGGAGAUCGAAGAGAUCCGUCGCAAGUACUCCAUCCGCAUCCAGGAACAAGAGGAACAGAUUGAGAUGCUCAUCGCUAAGUGCAGCAGUGUUGAGAAGCAGAAGUCCCGCCUGCAGAGUGAGGUUGAAGUCCUCAUCAUCGACCUUGAAAAGGCCAACGGAACAGCUCGGGAGCUCCAGAAGAGGACGGAGCAGUUGGAGCGCGUCAACAUCGAGAUCAAAUCGCGACUUGAAGAGACGGUGCAGCUUUACGAACAGACCCAGCGUGACCUACGUAUCAAGAUCGUGGAGAUCCAACGCAUUUCGCACGAGCUUGACAAGACCCGUGAACAGAAGGACGCUCUGGGCCGCGAGAACAAGAAACUGGGAGAUGACUUGCACGACGCCCGCGCCAAUCUCACGGAGUUGACCCGCCGUCUUCACGAGCUCGAGAUCGAGCUGCGCCGUCUUGAGAACGAGCGAGAGGAACUCACCGCUGCCUACAAGGAAGCCGAGGCUGGCCGCAAAGCCGAGGAACAACGCGCUCAGAGGCUGACGGCUGAACUCGGCCAGUUCCGCCACGAAGCGGAGCGCCGCAUCCAAGAAAAGGAGGAAGAAAUUGAAGCCAUCCGCAAGCAGACCAGCAUUGAAAUCGAGCAGUUGAACGCUCGAGUAGUAGAAGCAGAGACUAGGCUCAAGACUGAGGUGACCCGCAUCAAGAAGAAGCUCCAGAUCCAGAUCACGGAGCUCGAGCUUUCGCUUGACGUCGCCAACAAGACCAACAUUGAUCUGCAGAAGACCAUCAAGAAGCAAUCUCUCCAGCUGACCGAGAUCCAGACCCAUUACGAUGAGGUCCAAAGGCAGUUGCAAGUGACCCUCGACCAGUUUGGAGUCGCGCAGCGCAGGAUCCAGUCCCUCACCGGCGAGGUUGAGGAGAUCCGUGGCAACUACGAACAGGCCCUCCGCGCUAAGCGUUCCGUGGAACAGUCGUUCGAGGAAGCUCAGACCCGCAUCAACGAGCUUACAGUCAUCAACGUCAACCUGUCGAGCAGCAAGGCCAAGAUUGAGCAAGAGCUGGGCGCCGUCGCUGCUGACUACGACGAGAUCACUAAGGAACUGCGCAUUGCUGACGAGAGAUACCAGCGAGUCCAGACUGAACUGAAACACACCGUUGAACACUUGCACGAGGAACAAGAGAGGAUCGUCAAGAUUGAAGCCAUCAAGAAGUCGCUCGAAAUUGAAGUCAAGAACAUUUCAGUCCGUUUGGAGGAAGUUGAGGCAAACGCGAUCGUCGGAGGCAAGCGCAUCAUCAGCAAACUGGAGGCUCGUAUCAAGGAUAUGGAACUGGAACUGGACGAGGAGAAGAGGAGGCACGCGGAAACCAUCAAGAUCCUCCGCAAGAAGGAGCGCUCCCUGAAGGAGAUCAUCAUCCAGUGCGAGGAAGACCAGAAGAACAUCUCGCUUCUUCAGGACUCGUUGGAGAAGUGCACCCAGAAAAUGAGCAUCUACAAGAGGCAGUUGAACGAACAGGAGGGCGUAUCGCAGCAGAGCGUGACCCGGGUGCGACGAUUCCAGCGAGAGCUCGAGGCCGCCGAAGACCGCGCAGACGUCGCGGAGAGCAAUCUCUCACUCAUUCGCGCCAAGCACCGCACCUUCGUCACCACCUCCACCGUCCCCGGCUCCCAAGUAUACCUCGUCCAAGAGUCCCGCGCGCUCAGCACGGAGUGAGGCACCCUCCCAAAGCCCCGCAACACCAGCAUUUCUCUCCAUUCGAUAUCGGGGCGCGAUUCCGGUCGGGUAUAACUCGUGCCAGUUAAUCGACAAUGACCGCGUUUAUCAGCCCCUCUCCCUCAUACACUAUACUUGUAUGCAGUGUAUGAGUAGAACGGAGUGAUUACCGCUUAUUUGCACAAUGGUGGCGUUAAUCAUCCCCUCUUACUCACACACUACACUUAUGUACAAUGUGUGAGUAGGACGGAAUAAUCGACGCGUCAUUUCGAUUGUAUAUUGGCACGAGCUAUAUAAACCUAGUCGUUCGUUAAGUUAUUUAGCUUCCCCAUCCAACCCACAGUACUUACCGCGAUUCGAUGAACAUAAUAUGUUUUGUAAAAGUGUAUGAUUUAAAUAAAUAAAUAAGUUGAACAAACAUAAUUAAAAAAAUUGCUCAUAAAUAUAUUUGUGAUAGUGUUCAAAGGAAUAAGACGAUUAUUCUAAUACUUAUUGUUCGAGACAACUAAGCCAGAUAUCAAUUAAUCUUUCUAUUAUUUAUUAGGAAUGCCCGACAACAAAAACGUACUACCAAACGUUCAUUUGUUGUUAAAACAUCGUUCAUCCACUCUUGAGUAUGUCCUGUCCAUACAUGUUGAUUGCAAAAGCAUGCUCUCACCCAAAUAACGUGACAACAAAGAUUAAUUGAAAGUAAAUAAUCCUUACCCCCAUAAUAAUUUAAUAUAAUAAAUCACAAAAAUGUCCUUACCCAUGCCCGUUAUAGAAUUUAAAACUAUCCAACCGAUGUGCCCCAAGCCGGUAAAAAGGUAAUAAUGCGACAAUGGUUUUGGACCACUAAAACAAUGCAUUAGGCACAUUCUUUUAUGGGUAUCCGCUAGUGAUUUUAAAAAAUGUUCAUCGAAUUUGCGUCUUCUGUGGGUUGAACGGUUAAAAAAGCGUACGAAUUACAAAAAGCUAGAUUGCGCUACUGAGUUUACCUCAGUUGGAUUGCACAGUGGCGCCAUCUAGAUAUUAUAAUUGGAAUCGCAAUUCGGGGACGUGCGCUUCGCCAUUUGGCGCGCCCUAAACCCGUGUAUCGUGUCUUUACACUUUCGGUGCCGAAAGCCAACCGUUCGUCCCCUUAACACUUUUUUAUUAAUAUAAUGCUAAACAUAAAUCAAAUCAAUAAAGGAACCAAAACUACAACAAGCUUUUUUUAUAAUCUAAGUUUUAAGGUCACCGGCGUUUGAAAUUACCUGCCGUAAUAUUAGCAGUAGUUUAAAGUAAAGAACUAUUUUAUAAUACGUCUUAUUAUUUAUUACAUAUUAUAAUGUAAAACGCGUAUCUAACGUACGUUUGUAACUGUAACUUAUGAUCAUGUGAAAAUAAAUGCUAUUUAAGUAUGUUACAGAGUUAAAGAAAACCAAAAAGGCAAUAAAAAUUCAAAAACCAAAA